GUACCAAAGUUCUGCUAACAGUGCCUGAUAGAAAUUGCAACAUUUCGAUCGCUGGACUGUCAACCAGAGCGCGGAGGGCCUAGUCGCCCCCGCCUGCUACCGAACGAAAACGUAUCUUCUAAGCUUUUGACACACCAUCGCCUUUCGCGGGCUUUGUCCCGUUGCGAUGGCGCCAGGUCGCUUGUUCGGGCUUCUCGUCGCGGUGGCGCUAGCCCUGCAGGCCUAUGCGCAGCUUCCGGUUGUUGUUAGCCACUCUAUUGAGGUAAACAUCACGGUCCCGCCGUUCAAGGUGGACCAGGACGACGCCUACAUUUGCGUAUCGGCGCUGCUGCCGCCCCACCCGCAUAAGCUAGUUGGCAUCAUUCCUCACGCUAAGCAAGAGGUGGUGCACCACAUCCUGCUCUAUGGUUGCACCGAGCCGCACAUGGCUUCCAAGGACGGGAAGCCAGUGGCGUGGCGCUGCGACAUGAAGCCCGUGUGCAACGGCCCCUCAUCCACCAUCCUCUAUGGCUGGGGCCGCAAUGCGCCCGACCUGCGGCUGCCGGAGGGUGUGGGCUUCUCGGUGGGCGAGCGCACCGGUGUCAAGUACAUCGUGGCGCAGGUGCACUACCUGAAGGUGCGGCCGCCGGAUGACCACAGCGGCGUGACGCUGCUGCUCAAGCCGCACGCGGUGCCGUACGCCGCUGGGCUGGUGUCCUUCGCAUCCUGGUUCACCAUCCCGCCCGGCAAGAAGAGCCACCCCAUUGUCAACACCUGCUGCUACAAGGGCUACGAGGCGCUGACCAUGUUCGCGGUGCGUGUGCACACCCACGGCCUGGGCCGCCGUGUGUUCAUGACGCGCGAGACCUGGAACAAGACCGGCACGGAGGAGCUGGUGUCCCGUGACCCGCAGCUGCCGCAGUCCUUCGUGCCCACCACCCGCCACACCAUCUGGCCGGGCGACCGGCUCACCGUCACGUGCCUCUUCGACUCCUCCUCCAAGACGGCGCCUGUGAACGCGGGCGGCACGCACAACGACGAGAUGUGCAACAUGUACACCAUGGUGUACGGCAAGACGCCCUACCUCACCAUGUGCGACAACAACGUGCAGGACAUCCGCGACGACUCGCCGGGCGCGCUGCCGCGCCACUCCACGCUGGUGGUCGACCCCAUGCCCAACUGGCGCCCGCCCGCGCCCGCCGGCACACCCGGCGACGCGCUGGGCGCGGAGGCGGUGGGCGACGCCACCAGCGUCACCACUGGGCCGGACGGCACGCUGUGGGUCCUGUACAGGGCGUCAGGCGUGUGGAAGUCCGACACAUUUGACCGCAAGGAGGUCAUCACGCGCAAGGAGCCGGUGCCGGAGGCGGUGGUGCUCAACAUGAACCCCGACACCGGCAAGAUCCUGGCGCGCUGGGGCGCCGACGUGUUCUACCUGCCACACUCCAUUUCCGUGGACCAGUACGGCAAUGUGUGGGUGGUGGACGUGGGCAGGCACCAGGUGCUCAAGUUCGACUCCAAGGGCAAGCAGCUACUGGUGGUGGGCAAGGACCGCCAGCCGGGAGCGGGCAAGGACAAGUUCUGCAAGCCCACGCAGGUGGCGGUGCUGCGCGACGGCAGCUUCAUUGUCGCGGACGGCUACUGCAACAGCCGCGUGGUGUGGUUCGACAAGACCGGGAAGUACAUUGCCGAGUCGGGCGCCAUCAAGGCAGUGGUUCACGGCGUGCUGGUGGACGAGUGCGAGGGCCUGGUGUACGUGGCCAGUCGGGAGGGCCGCAAGGUUGUGGCGCUGGACAUCACCGACACCAAGAAGCGCCUGCAGCUCAAGGCCACGUACGACAUGGCGGCGGCGGGACACGGCCAGGUCUGGGCGCUGCGCUUCGGCCCCUACGGCGAGCAGCUGGCACUCACCUGGGACGAGGGCAAGGAUGCCCACCUGGUGAACGUGCGCUUCCCCACCCAGUUCUGGACGCUGCCCGGCACCGCCAAGCUCUCCCCGCACGACUUCACGCUGGGCGGCGCCGCCACCGAGCUCAGCGGCGCCGGCGACCGCUUCUUCUCCGUGUACCUGGCCUCGGUGGGAGUGGCCUGCGACACCAAGUGCGGCGCGCUGCACAAGUUCGUGGUGGUGCCCACCGGCUUCAAGCUGCCGGCGCAGUGGGAGCUGGAGACGGCUGUGGCGGUCCCCAGCAAGGCCAAGGACGUGAAGCCGGGCGAUGCCAAGGAGCUGCCGCACGGCGCCGUGGCAGCCAACCACACCGCCAAUGUGGUGGCCAAGGCCAUCGCCAAGGGCGUGCCCGCCCCCGCCAAGCCGCCCGCCGGCGAGGAGGAAGACGAGGGCGGCGCCAUGGUGGCGGAUGACUAUGACGAGGACGUCGAGGACGACACGGAGGACGCGGAGGACUACGAGAACACCAAGAAGGUGCUGGACGAGGAGAUGGAGGCGGAGGAGGAGGCCAUGGCAGACUACGAGGAGAUGAUCACGGGCGUACGGCCCAACACCACGCACGACAAGGGCGAGCUGGUGCCGCUGGACAAGGAGCGGUACCAGGUGCUGAUGCAGGACAAGAAGGCGGCCACCAAGACCAUGGGCUCCGGCUGGGCCAAUGUGCUGGUGGUGGUGCUUGUGCUGGCGCUGACCGUCAUUUCGGUCUACUACGCGCGCGCCACCCUCAUGCACUACAUCCAGAGCAUAACUGUGAGCAGCAGCAACCCUGGCGGCAGUGGUGCGGGCAUCAAGGGCGGUCCGAGCGCCGGGGCUUCAACGCCUGCGGGUGGCGGCCUGCGGAAGACCUUCGGUGCGUGGGCGUCGGCGGCGGAGGGCCUCCUUGGCCGCUUUAGUGGCCGCGGCGGUGCCGCGGCGGCGGCUGGACUUGCAGGCACGACAGGCGCUGGCGGCGCAAAGCGCUCAACGGCGGAGGUGGAGGCGGCGCGCGAGCGUGAGCGACUGCUGCGCAGCGGGCCGUAAGGAGUAGGCUCGGGUUGUUCCUACUAGCCUGGACUCGUACGAGCUGUGCCAGGGCGCCUGCAUGCCUGCGCACGCGUGCAAGUAUAGCAACGGGUGGUCGACAGAGAGGAAUACUGCCUGUGUAGUGAUUAGCGUUUAGAGUUGCAUUGCUGGCGGUUGCAACAUGCUGGCGCGUCUUGGCGCCAGGAGCGUUUGGAUGGGAUGACGUGCUCAAGAACUGGAGAGCGGACUUAUGCACGUACGUUAGUGCUGGUGUUUCGAUAGAUAUCCUUUACGGAUUGCGUGUAAUGACUGUUGAGCAAUCAUGUGCUCACCGCUUGAAAGCGGUGGUGCCGCUAGCUGAGGGGGUCUGCUGACUGGGCAGGGCCGGUGCUGGUGAGCGUAGGGUUUGGCACCAGGGUCACUGAGGAUGCAGUGACGAAGUCUACAUUACACUGUAGCGUCUCUGUACAACUUGACACAAGUAACUUGCGGCGCUGCCGCAAGCUGCCAAGCC